GCUGUGCUUUACGGAACCUCCAACCAUUGGGGGGUGUCGCAUUGUCUUAUCGACGACAAAAUCCAAGAGCUUGUACUCUUCUGCUUUGGAGUUAUCAUACCUGGUCAAGUUCGAUUACAGAUUACUUCUAAAUGUCUUUCCAGUCACUUGCGACCUAAUGCAGCUGUCAAUGUCAGGCCAAAGAAUUAGCUGUACAGAACCGAAGGCAGCAGCGGCGACGAUAGUGACACCUACUUCAUGACCAUUUCAGCUGUCGUCUCCCAGACAUAAGAUAUACAAUACCCUAAAUUGCUUCAUUCUCAAGAUGGCGAUGAAUUUUGUCACGUUUAACCAGGACUAUAGCCAUCUGGCUGUUGGGACCUCCAAAGGCUUCCGAAUUUACUAUACAGAACCGUUUUCAAAAUGCUACGAGACUACGGAAGGAGAUAUUGCCAUUCUCGAGAUGCUCUUUUCGACGUCAUUGGUUGCUCUGAUAUUGUCGCCUCGCCGCCUGCAAAUAACAAAUACAAAGAGACAAUCCACAAUAUGUGAAUUAACGUUUCCAACCACCGUAUUAGCGGUGCGUCUAAACCGCAAACGGCUUGUGGUCGUAUUAGAGGAUCAGAUAUACCUUUAUGACAUAAGUAACAUGAGGUUACUAUAUACUAUUGAAACCUCUCCCAAUCCGAACGCUAUUUGCGCGCUCUCGCCCUCUUCAGACCAUUGCUAUCUCGCAUAUCCUCUUCCACAAAAAGUGGCGCCGUCGUCGUUCACACCUCCGUCUCACGCACCACCAAGCAAUACUCAUGUUUCUCCUACCAGCGGAGAUGUUCUUCUUUUUGACGCUGUAAAACUUGAGGCGGUUAAUGUGGUCGAAGCACACCGAUCACCCCUUUCAUGCAUAGCACUUAACAGUGAAGGGACAAUGCUUGCCACCGCAUCUGACAAGGGAACCAUCAUAAGGGUCUUUUCAGUACCCGACGCUCAGAAACUUUAUCAGUUUCGACGAGGCUCUAUGCCUGCGCGAAUUUUCAACAUGUCUUUCAACGCCACGUCAACGCUCCUUUGUGUCUCUUCCGCAACCGAAACCGUCCACAUUUUCCGCCUCGGGCAUCAUGCUGAUGCGACUCGAGAGAGUUCGAUCCAUGCAAAGGGUGUCGGUCCAUCACGAGAUCGUAGUGCUAGCCCCAGCAGUAGCUCUAUGGCAGACGCUUCGAACGCCAGUCUAGGGAAUGAUCCUGCCGCAGCGGUUCGAAAACACAAUGGUACCCUGGCCGGCAUGAUACGCCGCUCAUCUCAAAACAUUGGGAAAAGCUUUGCCGCUACUGUAGGUGGUUAUUUACCAAGCGCAGUAUCGGAAAUCUGGGAGCCUAUGCGAGAUUUUGCAUGGAUUCGAAUCCCAAAGAGAGCGCCCGGUGCUGCAUCAAAUGGUACUCCGUUGCGCAGUGUCGUUGCUAUGAGCAGCAACAGCCCACAAGUGAUGGUCGUCACCAAUGAAGGAAACUUUUACCUUUUCAACAUUAAUUUGGAGAGAGGUGGAGAAGGGACUCUGGUGAAGCAGUACUCUCUCCUUGAAUCUAGCGACAAGUUGGGUCGAUCUGUAAUGGAUGACUAACCGCAGAUUGCUGUCACCGGUCGCAGCCAAAAACCGUUGCAUGGAAUGCGCCAUGUCCUGCUAUCUUACUCUUUCUUGCUAAUUGUUCUACUGUUCCAAGCACUUCUGAGCGGGCGUUAUUUUUCGAGGGUUGAUGGUCCUUCCUGAUAUCCAAUCAAAGUAGAUACUCUCCAAUUUGAGAUUUUGAAGACGUAACAAU